CACCACUCAAUCCCCCCAUCAUUCAUCACCCAUCACCGAUCGUGCAUCCCCCGUCCAUACUUUCGUAUCAGAGUGCUGUACUGUGCUGUAUGAAUUAAACACACAGUUUUCAUAUGACAGUUCCGAACGCUCACCCAUUGCCCAUUGUCAUUUCCAUUCCCAUUUUCCCUCACACUCUUUUUCCUAUUCUCUUCCUCCAUUUCUUCCCGUCUCAACCUUUUUCUUCUUCUAGAACCGCGGGCCUCCCCCAACGUUUACUUGUUUUAUUAUUCUCUAAGAUUGUGAUUGUAUUUGAUCAGACCAGCGGCUUUGGACUUGGUCCCCUUUGACAUACUAGCUACUUUGUACGGACCAUCCCCAUACAAUACACUAACAGCGAAUACACGAUUCCCAUAUAUCAAUAAUUCACAACACCUACAUACCCACCUCCUUACGAAUAUUCAAUCUGAUUCCAACCAUAACUGGCAAAAAAGAAAAAUCACCAUUUAACUUUGAACAAAAGAAGCAAACAUACUUUCCGAACCGAAGACCGAUAUCAUAAACUUUUGGGCCUUUGCGCUCCUAGCUCUUUUGCUUGGAAUCUCGCGAAGCUCCAUUGUUUAUGAUCGAUUGUUAGAAACCUUCCUCCAUGGAUCGGAAACCAUUAUGAAUUCUUUGAAUAUCCUCUCGGGGCGAGGGUCUCCCCCGCAUUCUCCAUCGCUUUCGCGUUCGAAUUCUUUGGGAAAUGUAUUGGCAUCCGCAACUAAAUCAGAAUCUAGAAGGAAUUCGCGAGAAGCCCUGUACAGCCAGAAGUCGGAAGGACUUGAUCAGGACCAUGCGCCAGACUCGAAUCCGGACCAUGAAAACUCAAUACACGAAUCAACAGCUUUACUAGACAAAGAAGGCACGGCUUAUCAUACAAGUGAGCAUGUGGGAAUAACGAGGAUGUUUUAUGAUUCUAUACGGUGGGUGCUGUCUACUCUUGUUUCGCCGGGAGUAUACGUUAUAGCUUGCUUGUGCGACGAAAGGGGUAAUUUCGCCCCAAUAUCUCAAUUCAGGAAACUAUUUGGUGGCACCAAUGGGUAUUCAAUAGCACAAACAACCGGAGGAUCGCCUAUUUCCGAGGGCAGAAGUAUAAGCCCUUUGCCCAACGGAAAGCUAUCAUCGGCGCACACACCGUCAUCGGGAGGGCCUGCCUCGCCGAGUUCCUCGUCCUUCGUCUCAUCUGAGUCUGAAUCAGAAAAUGACAGGUUCAUUAGUGAGACAGAUAGCUCUGCAACGAAAUUGCCAAAUCGACAAACACGUUCCAAGUCCUUACAAAGCUCCGACGAGAUUUCGCCUGCGAGGAGAUCUAUCCGCAUUAAGCUUCAUAGUGAUGAAAAUCUAAGGCAGCGGAAGCACCGGAAGGUCCAGUCAACCACUACUCAAAGUGAUGGAUCCGGCGGUUCCAUGUCUGCUACUGAGAUGGCUGCUGCAAUCAUGAAGUCGCCAACAUCCACCGCCACGUCCUCUCUCCUCAUGACAAAGUAUCCAAGAGCUCCAGCGCCACCGCGACCUCUCAUACCUCGACGACAGCCAUCCUAUACUCUUGAUCCUCCUGUGGGUAAGCUCACGCAAAAGACGCUCGUCCUUGAUCUCGACGAAACUUUGAUACACAGUAUGAUUCAUGGAGGUCGAAUGAGUGCUGGUCAUAUGGUUGAAGUACAAAUCACAAACGUUGUGGGCAAUGGAGGCGUUCCUCCUCAACAUCCAAUAUUGUAUUAUGUAAAUAAGAGGCCAUAUUGCGAUGACUUCCUGCGACGUGUAAGCAGCGAUAUGUUCCGUGGGGAAAAUGUUACUAAUGAGGUUACAGGUUUGCAAGUGGUAUAAUUUGGUUGUUUUCACAGCAUCACUCCAAGAUUACGCGGACCCGGUUAUAGAUUGGCUAGAGCAAGAGCGUAAAUUCUUUUCAGCACGAUACUAUCGUCAGCACUGCACCUUUCGGAACGGUGCCUACAUCAAGGAUCUUAGCUCUGUCGAGCCAGAUCUUAGUAAAGUCAUGAUUUUAGAUAAUAGCCCCACGAGCUACCUGUUCCAUCAAGGUGAAUAUAUGCCAUUAUGAGGUACUGAAUGGAGCUAACCUCGACAGACAAUGCAAUACCGAUAGAGGGCUGGAUCAAUGAUCCUACAGAUAAUGAUCUUCUGCAUCUCGUGCCCCUUUUGGAGGGACUCCAGUAUGUGACAGAUGUACGGGCUUUUCUUGCAUUGCGUGGUGGAGAGGAUGGAAAGCAUAUGACUUCUUAAGGGAAAGGAUUAGGUUGGAAUGUUAAGUUCGUAAAGGAGUAUAGGAAUACUUCAGCAUAAAUAUUUUAAUGAUACCGUUAUACCGCUCUUCGGCCACUAUAUGGUUCCAAUGGCCCGGAUUGCGGUCCAAGGCUUUUAGUCUUAAGGUUGUGACGUUUUGCAUCUAACUCCCUAAUCUAGAAGUG